CAUCAGAUCUUUUUAUUUGAUCCGAUCAAACGUGCACGCUGAUCAAGUGCAACAACUGGCAAAAUGAAGAUGGCGGACGGACCUACAAUCCUCAGAAGAAAUAGGCCCGGAACAAAAGCAAAGGAUUUCUGUAGAUGGCCGGAUGAACCAUUUGAGGAAAUGGACAGCACAUUGGCCGUGCAACAAUAUAUUCAACAGAUGAUCAGAAGAGAACCUGCCAAUGUUGAUUUAAUACUCAAAAUGCCAGAUGCACAAGAUGAAGCUGUAUGGAAAUAUGAGCACCUCAGACAAUUUUGUAUGGAGUUAAAUGGUUUAACAGUGAGACUGCAAGAAGAAUGUCAUCCAGAAAUUUGUACUCAAAUGACAGCUACCGAACAAUGGAUAUUCUUGUGUGCUGCACAUAAGACACCCAAGGAAUGUCCAGCUAUUGAUUAUACAAGACACACACUUGACGGUGCAGCUUGUUUGCUUAACAGUAACAAAUAUUUUCCCAGCAGAGUGAGUAUCAAGGAAUCUUCAGUUGCUAAGCUGGGAUCUGUUAGUCGCAGGGUUUACAGAAUCUUUUCUCAUGCAUACUAUCACCACAGAAUAAUAUUCGAUGAGUUUGAGAAUGAGACUUUUCUGUGUCGCAGGUUUACAGCAUUUGUAACAAAGUACAGUUUGAUGUCAAAAGAAAGUUUGAUAGUACCAAUUAUGGAAGAGGAUGGAACCACAGAAAGUGAAGCUUAGAGUCUGAAUGUUUAUUUAUAUUGCCCAAAACUGAUUUGCCAGAUAUAGAGAAAUCAUUGGUAACAUUAAAAUACUGCUGAAAUACCACUUGACGUAGUUCCAUGUGUGACAAGAGUAUUGGAAACGUGUCGGUAAUUAUACCACCUA